UCUAGCGACGUGGAUCUCAAGCGGCUGGAAAGUGGCCGCGAGAGCAUAGUAGAAACCUGGCAGCGGUUUAGAGAACAUCAUCAUGAGAACUCGUCUGCGAACUCCAGCCUGGGCUUCCAGGAGGUACCGAAUAUCAACACGCUGAGGGAAAUCGUGGGUAAUGCUCAGGUGGAAUGGGAGACUAAGAGGGGGAAGGGUUUUGGCAAGGUCAAGAGCUAUGUGUCAGAUUUCCUAGAAUCGAUGAACGACCACUCUUAUCUGUUCAAGUUCAUUCCCGCUGGAGACAAAUACAUCAGCCUCAUCACUGGGGUUGUGUCGUCGGUUGUCAAGACUUGUGUCAAUUACAAGCGGAUUGCCGAGGGGUUCUUUUCGGCCUUGGUCGACCUCAGUGGCGAUUUAAGACUGGUGCAGAAGAAGACCGAUAUCUGGGACAGCCCGGAUAUAAGACGGCUAGUGGUAGACUACUACGUGAUGGUCUUCCAAUUUCUCUGUAGCGCAAUGUCUUGGUUCAGUCGACCGCUACAUCGAUAUCGGUCAAUGAUCGAUAAGAACUUCUUUGAUAAUGAAGUCAAAGGUUUGGUCGACGGGAUGAAGGCGACGGUGGCACGAAUCCGUGACGAAGCAGCACACCUCACAGAAAGGCAAGUCCAACAAAUCAAAGAUGGAGUAGACCGUGUUUUAGAUUCCCUCAGUCCACGAACAAAUGAUGCUGCCGGCAGAUUCUUGCACCUUCAGAUUGUGGGUAGUGGGAGCCGGGACGACGACCAGGGGACGAUCGAGGGGAAACUUCAUCACUUCGGUCAGCUCGUGGGAACAUGCUCAAUAAAAGCCUUGCAAGACGUUGAAGCAAAUUUUGAAAACGAUGAGACUUGGACGCGCUAUGACAUCCAGAAGACCACGCUCUCGCUUUCAACGUACACGGAGGAUGGCAGGGAGGAGAUUGCCAAUGCGCUCCGGGGGAUCUCUAUGCCACUGCUACCACAGGAGGUUUUGGAUGCCAUCCGGCGAUGGAUCGGAAGCCCACAAUCUCGUAUGAUUUGGAUUGAGGGCUUGCCAUCGUACUCCUAUGGGUCAAACCUGUCCCUGACGGCAAUGCAGCUUUGCACGAUCAGCAUGCGUGCACAGAUCCCCUGCGUGUCCUUCUUUUGCAAACCCAGCUACAAGUUUUCCUCAGGACCACACGCAUCUCUCGCCAAACAGGAGGCCUCUGUUGUAGCGUUGCUGUACUCCGUAACCGCUCAGCUUGCGCGUCUCAUCCCAGCCGACUUUCAGGGUUGUCCGGAUCUCUACCAGCAGCAAUUUCAACUGCUCGAUGGGAGUAUUGGAAGUGCUUCCAUUGCACUGCGGAUUAUUCAGGAUCUUCUGAUGCAUGUGCCACCGUCCAUUAUAUGGAUAAUUGAUGGUAUUCAACUGGCAGAAAGCAGUAGCACCAUUGAAAUUCUGGACGAGUUUGUGGCCAUGCUACGCGAUCAAGAGAAUCGCCGGACCUCCAAAGUGUGCUUUACCACAGACGGGAACAGUCAUGUUUUGCUACCAGCCAUCAGGGUGGAUGAACGAGUGGAUGCCUCUCGUAUGGCUCUGGCAGGGCAGCAUCUGCCGGGAGGUGGUGAUAUCUUUACAGAGUUGAAUCGUUGGUAA